AUGGCUCCCUCGUCGCUCUUAUUGAGUGUAGGAUCGCUCGUGGCUUCGUCCUUGGUCUCAGCCACAGCCCAGACGUAUCAGCUUGCAGAGUCCUGGCAGGGCGAAAGCUUCAUCAACGACUGGAAUUUCUUCCACGGAGCUGACCCUACCAACGGGUAUGUCACAUAUGUCAAUCAGAGCGCCGCUGAACAAUCUGGUCUGGUCAAAGUCACUUCGAGUGGUAGCUUUUAUAUGGGUGUCGACUACGAGAAUACCCUGAACCCCAACGGCCCCGGCCGAGAGUCGGUACGGAUCGAAACGAAAAAGUACUACACGCAGGGACUGUAUGUCAUCGAUCUCGAGCACAUGCCUGGCAGCAUUUGCGGCACAUGGCCCGCCUUCUGGUCCGUCGGUAAGGACUGGCCCAACGACGGCGAGAUUGAUAUCAUCGAGGGUGUCAACCUGCAAAAGGCAAACGAAAUCGUCCUUCACACCAGUGGCACUUGCGAUGUCUCGGGUAGCAACGAAAUGACUGGCACCCUCUCUUCCUCGGAGUGUGGCGAGUCUUCCGGCACGAUUGGAUGUGUUGUCAAGGGGACCAAUGGCAGCUCUGGCGAUCCUUUCAAUGAAGCGGGCGGUGGUGUGUAUGCUAUGGAGUGGACUGACGCCUUUAUCAAGAUCUGGUUCUUCGCUCGCAGCCAAAUUCCCGCCUCUCUUUCCAGUGGAAACCCCGAUACCUCCUCGUUUGGAACCCCUAUGGCGCACCUGCAGGGCUCCUGCGACUUUUCGGAGCGUUUCAAGGCACAAAAAUUCAUCUUUGACACGACUUUUUGCGGUGACUGGGCCGGUGGUGUUUUUGGCGAAUCUAGCUGUCCCAUGAGCGAUUCCAGCAGCCCCCUGAAGAGCUGUGUCAACUACGUCGCUGAAAAUCCCGCUGCAUUCAAGGAGGCUUACUGGGAGAUCAACUCCAUCAAGGUCUACCAGUACGGCGUCAGCGCUGCUUCGUCCGCCGCUGUCUCUCAAGCCACAACCUCCAAGGUCGAAGGCACUAUGGUCUCGGUCCAGGCUGCAAAUACCGCGACGUCUACCGUUGCCGUUCCCGCUGAGACAACUGCCAUUCCCCAGCCAGCUCAGACCAACACUGCGGAAGGAACCGCUGCCGAUCACGCCACACAGUCGUCUGCCAAGACCACUACUGCUCCUGCUGUUCCAGCUGCCACCACUGCUCCCACUGCGUCUGGCGCUGAGGGCGAUGAUUCGGAGUUUGAGUCAACUAGCAUCGUCUACGUCACAUCGACUACCACUAUCUGUCCUGUCGCGGAAAGUUCGUCUGCCGCUGUCCUGGAUGGCAAGAAGAACAGCGCCUCUAACGCGAAUUCUGGCGCCGAAGUCGUUGCGACUUCUAUUGUUGCUACUCCUGCUGCCGCCGCAAGUGAGCACCCCGCCGCUGACGCCGUCGCAAAUUCUGCCGCUGCUACAUCUACUGUUACCAAGUCCGAGGGUGUCGCAUCCCGGCUGACCGCAGGCGCUCUUUCUGAAAUCCCUACAACACCUCCAAACCCGGUCUCCCAAGCUGUCAGCACAGGAUCCUUCCAUGACUCUGACACUGCCCAAAGCGACUCUGGAGAGCAGAGCCCUAUUGCCUCGGCAUCUGCUGCACCUUCCACAAUUCCUGUGCCAGUCUCAUCCGGCGCUGCUGCUUUAGGUGGCUCUUCGAGCGCCAGUUCAUUCACUUCGUCGCGUCGCGUUCCCAGCCCCACGGGAAGCUCUACAGCUGCAUCCGUCACUGCCAUUGCUACCUGGUCGCCGGCAGCUGGUGGAAGGGCUUCCGGCACGGCGACAGGAUCGGCGACACUGACCGCGCCGUCUGAGGUCGUCUUCACUCCUGGCCUCAGCAACGGCGCGAACAGAAUGUCGGUUGGUAUUUCCGGUCUGAUCGUUGUCAUGUUCAUUGCUGUUCUGGCAUAG